AUGGAUGUUCCAAUGUACAAAUUUGAACAUAGUAUGCUGGAACUACCCGCUUCUUAUGGCGUCAGUGUCGAGGAUAUGGUUAUGUUCAAUCUCGGUGAGAACGAUGAAGAGAAGACUCUGGAUAUCGACAGCACUAUCAGUUCGACCGGUAGUGUCAACAGCGCGGGAGCAGGAGCACUUCUGGUAGCGAAGUCAUGCGAUGCGCUCGUGAAUCUAGGCUACAAUCAGCACGACGUGCGGAAAGUCGGGGACCUGGUCGCGCGGAACUUGAUGACUUGCGACUCCGCACUGUUGAGUAUGGAAACGGUUCCAGAACAAGACGAAAGAGCACGUCAAGAUAUUGGGCGGACGGUUGAAUCGAUGCUCAAGCGUCUCCUGGCGGAAAACAUCCCACGAUCCCGAACCGUUACGGUCAAUUCUAAUGAGCCGGUGGUUCUCAUCAACCAGAACCAGGCUGACCAGCGUAUCAACAAGGUGGCUUUCAAUCGUGUCAUGGACGAGGUGGUCAGGCAGUUGCAGCAGAAUUGGAACAUUUGGCCGGUACGCGUUUACGCCGGGCCGUUUGUGCCGAUGGGCAGUGGUAAUGUCAAUGGCCGUAGCAAUGGGUUUUCCAUUACUUUGUUGAAUGUGGUAAACACGGACAUUGGAGGCCCGAGCAUGGUGCAAUUGCUCGAUGCUCCUUGUGAUGCUCCAGAAUGGACUUGUUUCGUGAGAAAAGAGGCGCGGAGGGAGAGGGAUUUGCUCUAUCGUGAAGAACAGAGGACGUCAUUCAGUGAAGACGAAGAGGGUGUCCCGCGCGAUGAUGCUUCUGAGCGCUCCUUGCAGAGUGGUGGGGCGGAAUCGACGGAUUCCGAGUCCUCGGAUUUGGCAAUGUUGAAGGCAUCGAAGGGGCCUCCAGCUCCAGCACAAGAGAGUACCUCGGAAGGACCUUCAUCCGAUGUGGCGUUUCCAUUACCUGCGAGUGAAGAUGUUUUCGGGGCGCAGUCAGGUUCGCCGGGCACGGCAACGGAGCCAAAGGAGAUUUCUCUAUCUCAGGAUCGGGGGUUACCGGAAAGGCGCAUUGAGCACCCAACAUGGCAACGUCAUGAUGACAGCAUGUCAUUGCUGGACCUCAUACGAUCUCAAGCAUCAAUGGUCGCACCGCUGGGAAAGGAGGGCCGGACCUCAGGUGAGAAAGAAAGUGAUAUCGGGGUCCCGCCAGAGUCAGAGACAGUGCAUGAUCCCAGCGAUGAUGGAUUUGAAGUCGUUUGA